AUGUCAAUGGGAGAACUGCGCAACAUGGCGCUUGCAUUGCCCUCCCUACGAUGGCUGCUAAUUUACGUGGAAAACCAGAAAACCUGUUUUACAGCUCAGGGCACCUCCUCCGGCCUAGCUGAUGACCAGCCGACUCUGACGGAGGAGUACUGUGAGACCUUUGAGUACUUAUUCGCCUGCUUUCCUCAACUGUAUGGGGUCUUCUGGGAGGAGGAGUUGCGUUGCCGAUGUCGGUAUCCCUACUGGCUGCCGGAGUAUACAGAAGAGCCCGGUUUCGAGGGCAGGGUGUGCAAUUUGAACAAGAUAUGA